AUGGCUGAACCUGAAUUUAUCUGGGUAUUCUCAUCUGAUUUUGAAGAAGAUGAUGACUUAGAUAUGAUAGAUGAUAUAUUAUACGAUGUUGAAGAAUCGUAUGAUAUCUCACAGUGCGAUGAAUCAAAAAUGAUUUCAUUUCUCAGAAAGCAUAACUAUGACAUUGAUUUACUAAUCGAUGCCGGAUUAAAUGGAGAAUUUGGUGAAUUUGUUUCAUUAAAUGAAGAUUAUGAGGCCGAAAUUUCUUCUAAUGGCAAAGUUAGAGUUAAAAAGGUUUCAUUAACACAAAACAAACAACCAGUAAAGACAUCAGCAAAAGCAUCCAAGAAACGUCCUAACAAACAGUCUGAAGCUCCAAAUUUGGAGCCAAUACAACUUACAUUUUUCGGAACUCAAGAUUCUGAUGCAACUGCAUUAAUUAACAGAGUUUUCGGUGGCAAGGGGUCUUUCAGUAUCAGAAAUAGAGAAUUUAAAUACGAUCUUAUUGAAAAUAACGAAGAAUAUAUUCCUACUGUCGCAAAUCCAGUUUUCGUAUUUAAUGCCAUCAAUAAUUCAUUGAGAUCAGAUCUUAUGUCCAUACCACAAACUCUUAUUCCUCCAAAUCAAGUAGUUGAUCCAGACAAAUCCAAACCAAAUCAAGAAGUUGAUCCAAACAAUUCUGACUUAAAUCAAGAAGUUGAUCCAGACAAAUCCGAAUUAAAUCAAGAAGUUGAUCCAGACAAAUCCGAAUUAAAUCAAGAAGUUGAUCCAAACAAUUCUGACUUAAAUCAAGAAGAGGACAAAGCAAAUGAAUACCCUAAGCCAGUUUAUAAAAAGGCAAUUUACAUUGUUCUCAACAAAUUCGAUUUAGUUCCAAAAGAUCAGAUGGAAAAGUUAUUCAAUACAACAAGCGCCAGAAUUAGAGAUAUAAUGAAAUGCAAUAACCUUCGUAAUUUCCAUAUUAUUCCAAUUUCUACCGCAAAGGACACUAAUAUCUUCACAAAAGGAUAUACAUUCUACCAAGGUGACCAAUUUUCAAAAUUACUUAACUUCUCGCUCUAA